AUGGCAUCCCAACAGGUGUCCGACAACGUUCACGAUCUCGAUUUGAAGUAUAGAAGUGCAGUGCACGAGUGUGACCUUGUGGCCCGAGACGAGGAAGCGCGGCGAUUGAAACUGCGCAACAUGAUACUGGAGGAUGAGGCCACGGGGUCCAAGGACCAGCUUGCCCAACGAGACAUCCGCAUCAAGGAUCUCAUCGAGCAAAUCAACGAUUUUCGGGGACAACUGGCCGGCGCGGAUGAGAAGUCUCGCAGGCAAGACAAUCUCAUGCAGUCGCAGAUGCGCGAGAUUGCCAACUUGAAGGAAGAACUCACGGCGUUCAAUGCUGUAUCGCAAGAUUCGGCCAAGGUCCUGUCUGAGAAACUCGCCCUUUCCCGCGAAGUCGCUGUCCUAAAACCCGAAUUGGAGCACCUGCAAACCCAACUUCGCCAGGUUGAUACUUUAGAAGUCGAACUUGCCAACGGAAAGCGAGCGGCGGAGAAGACAACUGCGGAACAGAAUAGCGACAGACAAGUCGAAGAGGACCUUCGAAAACAAAUCCGUGAGCUGGAGAAGGAACUGGCCAAGGAAAAGAAGGCCGCAGGCAAGAAGACGAAGAACGGCGAGAAGAAGAACAGCGAAGCUGAGGGCGAGCUAGACUCGCUACGGGAACAACUAGCUGCCAUGGAAGUGAGCCUCACUGCCGAAAAGCGCAAGGUUGAGCAAGUAACCACCUCUCAAAAUGACAAUACCGAGGAAGAAAUCCAACAACUUCGCCAAGCCCUCAAAGAGACUCAGGAGGCCCUAGUGGCGGAGAAGCGGGCAGCCAAGCGACAAGUCAAGCUCGAGGCUGGUCCUGAGGAAGAAAUGGCCCAACUUCGGGAAGAGCUCGAUGAAACUCGGAGAGAGCUCGCAGAACAGAAGAAGGUGCAAGAGAAGCUCCGCAAGGAGAAUGAGCAGGCACAAAUCGAUGCAGAGGAGAGGCAACAAGCCGCUGCGGACAAGGUCGACAGGAUACGUACCAAGUACCGCGACGUACAAGAGGAGCUCAAGAAAUGCAAAGCCGAAUUGGAGAAGGCGCAGGAUAAGGCAACCAAGCUCUCUAGCGUUUCAACCACGUUAGUCCCGGUCAAGGGCGUUGUGGCCAAGGCGAACGGGAAGAAGAAACGGUCUGCCGACGAAAUGAGCGUUGAUAAUAAGGUUCUCCUUACACCCGGCGGCAUGGACGAGCGACCGAAGCGGCCUAUUAAGAAGAGGGGUUUCGACUUGUCCAUGGUGGGUGGCAAGUCCGAGUUCUCUAUCACUCCGUUCCUUAACAAGACAGUGAAUCUCGAUGGCUCCCCGAAACCAGAUGGAAACGACACUACCCCCGCACCCGUGGUCCAAUUCCGUGGUGCAGACGCGCCCGCUGAAGAGACUACCGAAGAGCCAACCGAGGGAACCACCGGGACGCCCGCCAAAAGCCCGGCAGCAACCGCCGCUGAAUCCGACACGAAACCCUCCAGCGCCAAGCUGACAGAGAAGCGGCCGCGCGGCCGUCCUCGCACGAAGCCCCUCGGUGACUCGUCCGCUUCCAAAAAGAAUCUUACCGUCCGCAACCGAAAAGCUCCGCGUGUUGAGUCGUCUCUUGAAAAGGUCGCCGAGGAGCCCGACGAGGCCGACAGCAGCACCAACCAAGACCAAGAGAACCGAACCGCCAACACCUCGGACGCCAGCGCGAACAGCACUACAAAACCUGCUACCAUCGCUCUUGCCCCAGAGAAGCCCGAGCCCAAGAAAAAGAAGCGCAAGCUCGGUGCGUCCAACACCUCCACUCUCUUCGAUGGCGCCGAGGACGAAGGUGAAAGGGUGGCUGCCGCUUCCGCUGUUGCUGCUGCCCCGGCCCCAACCGCAGCCACCUCGGUAGCCGGUGUCAAACGGGCGACCAAGCUAGGCGGUGCGGCAAAGGCGGUUGGGGCUGGUAAAGGUCCCAGUGCGGCGAGAUUUGGUGGUGCUGAGAAUAUGCCCCCACCAUGGACGCGAGGCAUCGUCCGCCUCACGGUCCCCUCGACCACCUCCUCAUCAUGCCUUCACUCACAUAUCCUCAUGGCUACGUCAUUAACGCCCUCCGCUUCACAAAUAUCUCAAGCUAGGAUACCACCAACAUGCCCCCCCUCUCCAUCACUCAACUCCCGACAACAAACCCGCCUCUCCUCCUCCAACUCCAAAUGGAAAGCCCGCCAAAUGCGCGACCCCUUCGUCCGCGCCGCCGAGGUGCAAAACCUCAAGUCACGCGCCGCCUUCAAACUCAUGAGCAUGGACGACGACUUCAAGCUCUUCCACAAAGGCAAAGGCCAGGUUGUUGUUGACUUGGGGUAUGCACCUGGGAGCUGGUCUCAGGUAGCUUUCGACCGCACCAAGCCGAACGGUACGGUUAUCGGUAUCGAUAUCCUCCCGGCGCAGCCGCCUAAGGGGGUGACUUCGAUCCAGGGGAAUUUUCUGGAUCCUAGGGUACAGCAGCUCGUGAAACAGGUUCUGCUUGAGGGCGAACAGAAGAGGGCGUUGGAAAGGGCUGAGCGGAAGAGGAGGGCUAAAGAAGCGGGCGUUGGGGCCGGGGAGGAGGCAGAGGGUGAGGAAGAAGCGGGGGACGGCUUUGCCGAUCGACCGAGUUAUAUUGAUCUGGAGCGGAAGGCGGCGCAGGAAAUACUUGCUGCCAGUGGGAAAUCCGCAUCUGAGGAAGGAGAUGGCGAGCAAGAGCACGCUCCGUCAAAGGAAGAUAAGAAACCCAAUCUACGGGUAGUAGACAUCGUACUCAGCGACAUGUGGGAACCCUGGCCCCUAACCCGCGCCUUCUCGAUCAAAAGCUUAAAAGCCCCAUAUGACAGGUUGAUGAACGUGAGCGGCAUCGUCUUCAGGGACCACGCCCAAAGCAUGGAUCUCUGUCAUGCCGCGCUGUCGUUUGCGUCAGACACACUCAAGCCGGGUGGGCAUUUUGUCUGCAAGUUCUACCAAGGCACCGAGGAUAAAGCCCUUGAGCUGCUGUUGCGGAAAAUGUUCGACACUGUGAAGAGGGUGAAACCCGAUGGGUCGCGGAGUGAAUCAAAAGAGGGUUUCUACGUCGCAUUAAAGAGGCAAGGGGAUGUGACGCUUCAAGAUAUACAGUGA